AUGUCGGCUUUUAGCAAGCUCCCCUCUGGGGCAUCCAUCGCUCUCAAGCCUUUUCGGGUCUCCAUCCCGGAAGAGGAGCUGGAUGAGUUCCAGGCCCUGUUGAAGCUCUCCAAGAUUGCCCCACCAACAUUUGAAAACUCUCGGCCAAGCGGCCAAUAUGGCAUUACCUCGGACUGGCUGACCACUCUUCGGAAACAGUGGCAGAAGGAUUUCGACUGGAGAGCCUGCGAAGCAAAAGCGAAUCUCUUUCCGCAGUUCACCGUAGAUAUCGAAGAUAUCAAACUCAAAUUUGCGGCGCUAUACUCUAAGAAGCCGGAUGCCGUGCCCAUUACUCUCAUUCAUGGAUGGCCUGGCAGCUACACGGAGUUCCUGCCGAUGCUCCAGCUAUUCAGUGAGGAAUUUACCCCUAUCACUCUGCCAUACCACCUCAUCGUUCCUUCUCUACCCGGCUGUGCCUUCUCCUGGGGCCCGCCUUUAGACCGGGACUUCACCAGCGAGGACUCCGCCCGUAUUCUGGAUAAGUUAAUGCAGGCCUUGGGUUUGGUGGGGGCUAUAUUGCACAGGGUGGCGAUAUUGGUGCCAGGGUGUCUCGGCAGUUGGUCGUUGACUAUGCUAGUUGCAAAGGUACGUCCUGACAGUGCAUUAAUGUGUCUAGUCACUGACCAUGUUUAG